AUGGCGGCCACUCCCGGGCGGAGGCGCCUCGCGCUGGCGCUGGCGCUGCUCUCUCUGCUCUCUCUAACCCUCCAGCGCGUCCACAGCGUCGCCGCGCCGCUGCGCGUGCCCCUGCGCGCGGCCUCGAAGCGCCGCAACGCCCAGAAGCUGCUCCAGUUCCACACGCAGCCAGAGCCCAAAGCAGCCGCCGCGCUGAACGUCGACGGCGUGGUCAGCAGCCUCCGCGCGCGUCAGCCGGAGGCCGCCGGGCUGCACGACGCGCAGCAGCUGGCGGCCGAGGGCCACGUGCCGCUCGAGAACUUCAUGGAGUUCCAGUUCUUCGGCCCCGUCCAGAUCGGCACGCCGCCGCAGGAGGUGCUCGUGUGCUUCGACACGGGCUCGAGCGACCUGUGGGUGCCUGGCCGCAGCUGCGAGGCCUGCGCGGGGCUGGACCGCUUCAACCACUCGCAGUCCAGCACGUACGCGGAGUCGUCCACCCGUCCGGCCUUCGCCGUGCAGUACGGCAGCGGCAAGGUGAGCGGCCACUUCGGCCAGGACGUGGUGCGCGUGGCGCAGUUCGAGGUGCGGGACACGACCGUGGGCAUCGUGCACACGGAGGAGGAGUCCAUGGCCAGGAUGAAGGCGGACGGCCUGCUGGGGCUGGCCUUCGACGGCCUCUCGACCUUCUCGCACCCGCCGCUCUUCUUCGCGCUGCUGGAGCAGUACCCGGAGCUGGACUCGGUGUUUGCCUUCUAUUUGACCCCGGACCCGAACAGCAACGGCUCGGAGCUGCACCUCGGAGGCUACGACCAGGAGUUCAUGGACUCGCUGCAGGCCACCUGGCAGAUGACGGACGUGCUGCCGCAGUUCGGCCAGUGGACCUUCUGGCGCAUCCACCUGCACAGCGUCAACGUGGGCAAGCACCGGAACGCCUGCGCGGACGGCUGCGUGGCCUUCGUGGACUCGGGGACGUCGCUCAUUGGCAUUCCAGGCACGCUGUACCUGAAUUUCCUGUAUGAAGUGGCUACGUUUGCUCAGAACCAGGGUUGCUACUGCGGCUUCGUGCAGUACGGCUUCCAGUGCUUCCUGUGCGCGCCCGAGGACUUCCCGCCGCUGCGGAUUGGCAUUGGAGGCCACCACUACUACGUGCUGGAAGGGUCGGACUACACGCUGUGUGUCGGACUGACGUGUAUUGUGCUGGUGCAGCCCAGUGGGCAGGAGAUGUGGGUGCUGGGCGACGUGUUCAUGAAGAAGUUCUACUCGCUGUAUGAUGUCAAGAAGAAGCAGAUGGGCUUUGCGUGUCCCACCAACUCGACGCUGUGUGGUGUGGAGGAUAUCGACGAGACGGUGAGCAGUGACGACACGGACGGGCUGCCGUCCAAGGUGUCGUCGCCCUUUUUCGAGAACAGCUUCAACAUGUACGAUAUGGACACGCACGCGGUGCUGGUGCUCUUCCUGUCGGGCCUUUCGCUGGUCGGCUCUGGAUUCAUCGUGUCCUCGUUCGUGCAGUACCCGAUCCUGCGCAGCUUCCGCUCGUUCUCGCUGUUCUUCUGGUUAUCGGUGUGCACUCUUGGCUACAACUUGACGCUAUGGAUUGCUGGAGUGUGGAGAGCUCACCAGACGCACGUGUUCUUCUGUGCGCUGCUGAAAAGCACGCAGCAGUUUUUCGGUACCGCCAUUUUGCUGUUUAGCGCGGCUGUGGGGCUGGAGUUGAUUCGUGCGGUGCGCUGGACGCACUCGAGUACUGUUGAGUACAAGCUGGUGUACCAUGUCGUCAUUUGGUGCUCGGCAGCGUUUACUGGUGCGUUCUCGCUGCUCACUGGCGUCAUUGGCUUCCUGCCGGAUGGAGCUGGUCCGUGCCGAGCUUGCUUCGUGGGUCACAGCCCCGGCUGGGCUCGUGUCUUCCUGUUCUACUUGCCAGCCACGCUGACACUUACGUUCGCCGCCACGGCGGUGUAUCUAGCGUACACGAGCAAUGCUGGGCAGUCGCUGCCGCCUCAGGCCGAACGUGCACGCCGUAGCAGUGGUCAACUGCUAUCAAGUUGUGUGGCUACAGCCGCUGCGCUCUUCCUCCCAACGUUCUUCGGCUGGUUGCAAGCUUUUGGCGCAGAGUGGGUCACCACGGGCUUCUUGCUUUAUUUGUCCGAGCUGUGCUUCUACUCGCAAGGCCUGCUGAACGCACUUUCGUGGGCGUUCAACCCGUCCUACCGUGUCGCUAGAUAUCGCGGCAACAACGCUACUGGAGGCGAGGGUAUGCGUCUGAUGGGGCCAAAUUAAUGAGCUGCCAUCGCAGUAAGGAUGUUGAUCAGAAAAAUAAUGAGCAGAAUAGCUUCGAAGGAAUAAAAUGGUGUGUUCCGCCGCUGCCUUGACCUGCU